AUGUUUGUGGUCUUUAAAAGAUUGUUUCGAACACGGCCUAAAACUCCUUACAAGCUUGGCCAACCUACGUACGAGACACGGCCGCACUAUUUAACCAAGCCAGGUUACUUGACUCCCGGAAUUUCGGCUAUUGAGUACUAUGAUCGAAGACUCCAACUUAUCAAACAGCUCCCCAAGAAAUCUCUAACGAUUUUAGUAGGCAAUUCUGUUCAGUAUAGCUCAGGGUCUGUGUUUUACGACUUUCAGCAAGACAACAAUUUAUUUUAUAUGUCUGGGUGGCUCGAACCCGGGUCUAUAGGAGUUUUGGAAAAGGUAGAUGAUAAGGGUACCGAUGAGGACAUGGUAUUUCAUAUGUUGGUUCCCGAUAACGACCCGUAUACAGAGAUUUGGGAGGGAGAAAAGUCCGGUUUGCAAGGAUGCUACAACAAUUUCAACCCCGAUAGUGUGGAAGACGUCAAGAACUAUAAGAAAUAUUUGACUAGUUUGAUCAAACAUCACGAUUACAUUUUCAUUGACAAACAGAGUUCGAACGAUUUCAACCUGUUUUUCCUGCUCCACAAAGACCAGACCCGUGAAGAUAUUCACCAACUCUUGAAGACUCACGCAUCUGGCAAAACUGUUAAACCAAUAAACUCGGUGAUUGCCAAAAUGAGGGAAGUGAAAUCUCCCCUGGAAAUCAAGGUUAUGCACAAGGCCGGCCAGAUCUCCAGCAGAGCCAUUAACAAAGCCGUUGCUAAGGUCGGUAGUCUGAAUCCGUAUAUGAGUGAAAAGCUGUUGGCAGCUUAUUUGGACUAUGAGUUUAUUAGAAGUGGCUGCGAUAAACAGGCCUAUAUUCCCGUGGUAGCUGGUGGAGAAAACGCAUUAGUGAUUCACUACACCCGGAACGACGACUUGUUGUAUAAAGACGAAUUGGUGUUUGUGGAUGCUGGUGGGAAAUUGGGUGGGUAUUGUGCAGAUAUCUCCAGGGCUUGGCCCAUUUCAGGAACCUUCACUGAACCACAAAAAGACAUCUACGACGUGGUAUUGAGUGUCAACAAGGCAUGUAUAGACCAGUGUUAUGCAGACAACCAGAUGUCGCUCAAUGACUUGCAUGAUUUCAGUGUAAGAAAGCUUCACUCAAAUUUAAAGAAUUUACCAGGGUUUGCCCAUGUUUCCCGGUCUGAAGUCACCAAGAACUUAUACCCCCAUUAUAUCGGCCAUCACUUGGGUUUGGAUUUACACGAUGUGCCCGGUGUGUCGAAAUUCACCAAGCUUUUACCAGGAAAUGUGGUCACCAUAGAACCCGGAUUGUACAUACCCAAAGACGACAAAUGGCCCAAACAUUAUCAAGGUAUCGGCGUACGGGUCGAAGAUGACGUGGCUGUCGGACAGACGUUCAAGGAUUCAAUCAACCUCACCAGUGGAUGUGUGAAGGAGGUAAAGGACAUUGAAGCAUUAAUUAGUUCUGGUAGAUGCUCCACACCUGGGAUCUACGAUGAGCUAACAGAUUUACAUAUAGAUUAA